ACUUACGCAAACAUAUGGAAGACUCUGUGGGCAAGGAGUAAUAUGAAAAAUAAAACUUUGCAUGGCGCUGAUCUAAAAUGUGUAGAAAGUGCAUCAAGGAAAAGAAAAGCAGAAGUAGAAAGGGGACAUUCAGAAACUGGAAAUUCGCAUGUCCCCUACAUAAGACACAUGCACAAAGGAAGGGCUUCAGAGCCUGGAGACAAGGUGUGUAGGCCCCGGGCUCAGCCAGGCCAGCAGCAUUUGACAGCCCCCAAUGGCCCUGCCCUUCUCCUUCCUGAUGACCCUGCUGGUGCUCAGCUGCCACUCCAACUGCUCUCUGGGCUGUGACCUGCCUCAGAACCACAGCCUGCUUAACAGGAGGGCCUUGAUGCUCCUGGCACAAAUGAGGAGAAUGUCCCCUUUCUCCUGCCUGAAGGACAGACGUGACUUUGGAUUCCCCCGGGAGGCGUUUGGUGGCAACCAGUUGCAGAAGGCUCAAGCCAUCUCUAUCAUCCGGGAGAUGACCCAGCACACCUUGGACCUCUUUAGAAUAGAGGGCUCCUUCGCUGCUUGGGACAAGACCCUCCUAGACAAAUUCUGCGCUGGGCUUUAUCAGCAGCUGAAUGACCUGGAAGCCUGUCUGACGCAGGAAGUGGGUGUGGAAGGGACGCCCCUGCUGAAUGAGGACUCCGUUCUGGCCGUGAGGAGAUACUUCCAGAGAAUCACCCUCUAUCUGCAAGAGAAGAAAUACAGCCCUUGUGCCUGGGAGAUUGUCAGAACAGAAAUCAUGAGAUCCUUCUCUUACCAAUGAACUCGUGGGGAAGAUGAAGGAAUGAGGAAUGACAGCUGGUUCAACAUGGAGAUGAUUCUCACUGAGUAAUAAUGUCACACUUCCUCGUGUUUCUCAUGGCAAAGACUGUCUGUUAUCUUGUGUUGUAAUCAUGACAAAAGUGCAAUCAAUUUGUCGCAGAUUUUCAAGAGUUUUAGGUAACAUGAUGUUCAACUUUAGAGGCCCUCGUCACUUAUAGAUGCCCGUGCUGAUGGAUCUGUUUAUCUAUUUUAAUAUUUAUUUAUUCGUAAUAAUUUUUUCAUAUAGUGUCUCGCACAUGCAUCUUUACAUCAUGGUGAUACAAUAAAAUAUGUUCUUUCUAUUUAGUUCUUUACAUUUGUGAUUCUUUUUGUUUAUUAUGAUUUUACCAUAGUAAAAUUCUUGUAGUAGUUUAUUUUUAAAAGAAACACCAAGCCUGAACGUGCAACUUGGUUUAAAGAAUGGAUCUCACAAAUCAUUUACCCAUCGUAUUACAUUCAAAUUUAAGGAAAUUCUUGACUUUCUCUAUAUCAGGUUGUGUUUUACGCUGAGGAUUCAGAGGUGAACAGAAGGAAUAAGGUUCCUGCUCUCUUGUGUCUUUGAUUCUUGUGGGGCAAGGAACGUAAAAGCAAUGGUCAAAAUUAAUGUUAUGUUCAAUGGUGUAUUGAGAAGAAGGAAAAACAAAUGAAUUCACUCACCAGCAUAUACUUAUAUAACGUGUCUCUUUCUAGCAAAUUCUUAGGACCUGUAUCCUACCUUUCAGUAACUGACCUAAAAAGAGGCAGCCGGACAAAGCAGAAUUCUGUCAUGAACUCUGGAGAAGGCUGAAAAAUGAUCGUUCCUCAUUUCACAGAAUUGUCUUAUUUUUUCAGU